AUGGAACCCAACAUACAAAGCGUCCGGAAAUGCAUUCACCAGAAAUUUCUUCCAAUUGGGGAACACCCUGCCCAAGAAGGCGUCCUAGAACCCUCAUGUGGCCACAUAACCCCGUUGUAUAACUUUGGCUGGUGCCUUCCGAUGGAAGAAAUUGAUCAGUAUUACCCGGAAUGUGAAUGGGACAUGGCAAAUUACUGGCCUAAGCAUGUGAGGGUACCUUGGGCGAAAGAAUUCCGUAACAAGUAUUUGAGCAAGGAGCAACCGGGAUUCGGGUAUUCGCCUUAUCUAGACUUUUUCGUCCUCAAGAAAAAGCCGUAUGUCACUGUGAUGAUCAGCCAGAAUAGUUCAAAAGAGACUCUCGCUAUGAGUCGGAAUGAAGAAUAUAUCGCAGACGUCAAGAGAUUGGCACUGGUCCGGGAGAAUUUCGGAGAACCACGAUGGAUUCGAUGCACAUGA